GCGGAGGCAACGAGAAGGCAAGACACCUGACAAGACUUCUAGCAAGCUACUCAGAACUGAAACUGGUUCGUCGUUUGGUGAUUGUCCCGUGUGUUCGAAGAGAGUCCCGUUGUCCCUGCUCUACACGGAUCACCUCUUUUCCUCCGCGUGCAAGAAUGAAGAGAGGUCGAUUCUUCUCCCGCCCAACGUAAGGAUUCUGCGGAGAAGGAAGAGCGGAUUCCUGCAGUCAGAGGAGUUGUUUGCUUGCAGUCUGACUUGCCCGGGCUCAUGAAGCCGAAAGCGAUCCGCGACGUCCCGGGGCUCUUCCAGUUUCCUGACUUCAUCACAGAAGAUGAGGAAGGGUUGCUGCUGCAGAGCUUGGACACAGGGAACAAGUGGCAACUGUCGUCCUUCAAUGGGGAGUGCAUGACGCAGCGGUGGGGAGUAGUCACAGACCUGAAGCGGAGGAGCGUCCGCCCUUGCAGCAUCGAGCGAGGGGAGGAGGACCUCCCGAGUUUCUUGAGAGCGAUCAUCGAGAAAUGGAUCAACAGGUGCGAGGUGAUCGCUCAGUUCCAUCCUAACGAGGCCAACGCCAACUCCUACGAGAAGCACAAGGGGCAUUCGCUAGCAGCGCACUUUGACGACCGGUUCCUUUCAGGAGACAUCCUAGUUAACCUCUCCUUGGGAGCAGAUUGCCACAUGACAUUCGCAAGGAAAGACAAAAUCAAGGUCCUGGUGCCCAGGAGAAGCCUCCAAGUAGUGACGGGCAGGGCGAGGUUUGAGCACACGCACGGCAUCGACCUGGACGACUUCCAUGGCCCACGACGCGUGUCCAUCACCUUCAGGAGAGCAAAACUCACUUGCACCUGACAUGCCAUGAGCGCUGUUUCAUCUAGAUUAAAGUUGUCCGAUGUCAUG